AUGUCACUUACGAGAUCAGUGUCGCCGCUUUCAUCAGGUCCAAGUCCGGUCAGCGGGCGCUACAAUGAGAUCAGCCCGAUCGAGUCGCAGAAUUACCAAGAGCAGCAGCAAUAUCAGGCAAUAUCCUCAGUCGGGGAUCCUCAACAACAAGAACAACAACAGCAGGAGCCACAGCAGCCACGACAGCAACAACAAGGGGAAGAAUUUUACAAUCCCUCACAGAAUCCCGCCGGAAAUGUGCAGCCUACACAUCCAGAUCGGACGCCGAUGCUGUCGGAUGGACAAGAAGGAUUCUCUCGCGGGCAGGUUGCUGAAAAGACGCCACCUGAAUUCGUGAAAGGGGGUCUCAGGAUCGAGACCAUCAUAGCCGACGUUCUCACAAUCCUUAUCCCCAUAGCUCUACUGAUUUUUGCCUCAAUUCUGAUCUCCAAAAACGGCAAAGAGACUUCCAUACACCAGAUUGAGCAAUGGCAGAAUGCCGCGUCUGUGCUCUCUACAUUCUUCCCUUUGUUUUUCUCUGCAGUGGUGGGCCGCUUGAUGAUGCAACUAGGCCGCUGGAAAUUGGAAAGAGGUGUCACCGUGGAAACUCUCGAGCAGCUCACAGGGAGUAGAACCUUUUUCGGUGCAGUAAUCACACAGAUCCGCCUACGGAGCUUGAGCGUACUCGCCGUCCCUCUUGUUCUCCUCUGGGCUUUUUCGCCAGUCGGUUCCCAAGCUCUCACUCGUCUCGUUCAGCCGCGGCAGGCCAUUGUCACGGAAUCAAGCCGCAUGACCUACUUUGACACCAUCGGAACGGCCCCAAGUGACUCGAUUGGGGAUGGAGUGAUGGGCAAUGAAUGGUGGUACAGCAUGGAGCGGAUGAGCAAGCUGCGAGCAGAGUUGGAUGCGAGAAACACGCUCUAUGGAUCCAUGCUCACGGCUCCCCGGGCGGUCAAGCAGAGCAGCAUGGACUCAUGGGGUAAUAUCAAGAUUCCAUUUUUAGCCAACGACCAGGACAGUUCCUGGCAAGCUGUCGCGGCAAACUCGGAUCGGCCAUACAGCUCCCUCGUUGGUCUCCCUUUUGCGAACAUCUCCUCGGGCAACAACACUUUUGAGAUUGAGUCGACCUACGUUGCACUGGAAUGCGACGACUUGGAACUUUGGGAAUUACCUGUUGGGUCCAGCAACUCUUCACAAUCGGGAUACCUCAAUGCCACGUACAUAGCAGCCUUGGGAGGCGGUGGCGUUGAACAGCCGGCGCCGAAUGGGACGUUUCAGGGGUUCAGCAUCGAUCGCGGAGGCAAUUACGACUCGCGGGAAGCUUCCUGGAGUGUAGGCAUUGAUCGACUUAUCAAUGAGAAAUGGCUGGAGGGUUUCGAGUGGGGGAGUGAUGGACAAGAACAGACCAAGAGGCGAAACACCCUGAGACUAUUCGAAAAUGAGCAGGGGAUUGAUAUUGGGCCUACCAGAAUCUCAUUCCAGUCAUACGUCCCUCAAAAUACGACGGAAAACCCCGAAGUCACCCAGAUGAGAUAUCACGGCACUCACUGUACUGUGAAGCAAAAGUACGUCGAGUCCAAGGUCGACUGCGAGAAAACAAGCUCGUCGAGCACUGCACAAUGCUCCGUUACCGCGCAGCGGCCAUCCCAAAGGCAAAGUCUUUCGGAAAAUCUAACCAUUUUGAACUGGCCUCAAACAUGGCUCAUUCUUUCCAAGUAUUGGCCUCUUGCCUCAGCCCCGUCCAUUCGCUUUUCGGGCUACGCGAGCCAUGACCUGACAUUGCAAUAUCUUGUUGAUCCGGACGCGAGCCUACUGUUUUCCUCGGCCGCAGUACAGCUCGAGCCUUCAAAGAUAGACAAGAAGGAUCUCAGCACCAGAUUGAGCCAGGUACUCAAUACAUACAUUCAGCUCUCCUCUGCAGCAGGUCGUGCACUCGAGGGCAGCAGCUUGAACGGGGACGGCUCUAAUACCCAAGAAGCGGAUUCACAAGUGGGUAAAUGGAUCGUUGUAUAUUCGAUUUCCACAGUUUGGACUGUGUUCUGUAUUUUGUCGAUUAUACUGCUACUCGCGAGUGGCGUGGCAGGUGUGGUAUUUGCUCAUCUAGCUGUCAGUCCUGCUGUGUUUGGAUACGCCACAGCAGCCUUGCGAAAAAAUAAUAUGUAUCUAUCCAAGGCGUCAGAGACCAUGGAUGGGAUGGAGCUCGCGAGGGAGCUGAAGAAGAGGCGGGUAUGCUACGGUUGGUCGGAAAACGAUUUAAGCACAGAUGGCGUUACUGGUAUUGGCGAACUUCUUGAUACAGGGAGACUUGAGGAUACGCCACCGAGAGUGUAA